AGCCUAGAUUCGGUCACCUCCACCGGCAGAGCCAGCCAGAGCGAGCCCGAGCACCGGCAAUACCGGACCGACACACCGCGCCGCCAUGGAGGCCGUGCACACCGUGCUGCUGCUGGCGCUGCUGGCCGCCGCGCACUGCGCCACCGCGCAGACCGUCUACAAGGUGUGCGCCUCCGAGAGGGUGCAGUCCUACACGUGCGCCAACCUCAAGAAGGGCAACACGGAGGCCAACUGCCUCCACAUCGCCGACUCGGCCGAGUGCGCGCGCCAGCUCGUCCUGGGCAACGCGGACUUCGGCGUGCUCACCGCGGAGGAGGUCCUGCUCGCCUCCAAGUUCGUGGUCAACGACGACACCCGCAUCAUCGCGGAGAUCAGGCACGAGGAGAGACUCAGCGAGCCCUUCGCCUUCGAGACCGUCGCCAUUGUCAGGUCCAACUACAACGGGCUGCUCGCCAACCUCAAGGACAAGAAGUUCUGCCAUCCUGGCUUUUCCGACAGCCAGCUGUGGACGAACCGCGUCCUCAAGCACUUCGAGAGGCAGGUGGUGCCCCAGAAGUGCAACAAGCUGGUGCCCAAGAUCGAGGAGGAGUACGACAACCUCGGCUCCUUCUUCAGCCAGGCGUGCAUCCCCGGUGACUGGUCUCGCAAUGACUUCAGGGACAAGCAGCUCAAGGCCAAGCACCCCGAGCUGUGCGCGCUGUGCGACAACCCGGAGAGGUGCUCCUACAACAACCACCUGGGCAGCCACGAGGCGGCGCUGUCCUGCCUCACCGACAGGGGCGGCGACGUGGCCUACGUGGCGCUGCAGUACACCAAGGACUACUUCGGGCUGGGUGACAGGAAGCCGAGGGCCGACCCGGAGCAGUACCGCUACCUGUGCCCCAACGGCACCAUGCAGGUCAUCAAGAACAACAACAAGCCCUGCACCUGGCUGCGGCAGCCCUGGAACGUCGUCGUGGCCAGGAAGGACAAGUCCGCCACGCUGCAGAACAAGCUGAAGACGUGGCUGCCGAAGCAGACGAUGGCGGCCUUCCUGCGCUCCAGCAAGGACACGUGGCAGGGCGCGCUCGCCCAGAUCCUCUUCUCGGAGAGCAACCACUUCGUCCUCGUGGACCCGCCCAACGACAGCACCGUGCUGUCCACCUACAUGGCCAGAGGACGCAACGAGACGGUCAACCCCCCGCCGGCCGAGGGCCAGCAGUGCCGGCCCAGCGUGCGCUGGUGCGUGUUCACGCCGCUGGAGGUGAACAAGUGCGAGGUGCUGAAGCAGGGCGCCUACACGUUCGGCCUGGAGCCCUCCAUCCAGUGCAUCGCGGGCGCCAGCAUGUGGGACUGCAUGGCCGCCGUGCGGAACAUGACCGCCGACAUCCUGGCCAUCGACGCCGAGUACUCGCACCUCGCCAGAAAGACGUUCGGGCUGGCCGGGCUCAUCUACCAGGACUCGGACAACGACAGGGCCUACAAGGUGGUGGCGGUCGUUCGCGCCGACUCAGGCAUCACGCAGCUCUCCGAGCUCAAGAAGAAGUCCGCGUGCUUCCCCGAGUACGGCGGCCUGGCGUGGACGGCGUGGGUGGACGCGGCCCGUAGCCGCAAGCUCCUGCCCCGGAAGUGCCCGUCCUCGGUGGCAGCCGCCAGCUACCUGUACCGCGCCUGCGCCCCCGGCGCCGACGACAACAUCCACAACCCCGACGGCGACGCCAACACCAGGACGGCCUUGUGCGCCCUGUGCCCAGACAACAAGGACAACCCCGACGCCAACAAGUGCGCCGCCAACAGCCUGACCAACGGGUACUUCGCCGACAAGGGUGCGCUGCGGUGCCUCAACGACAAGCGCGGCGACGUGGCCGUCAUCGACCUCAGGGCCAUCACCGAGAUCGACGACUCCGGCAUCGUGAAGGUGAACGCGGACUACCGCGAGGACGAGUACCGCGUCCUCUGCCGCAACGGUUCCGUCAGCACGCAGCUCGGCCUGCUGGUGGACUCCAAGUGCGCGCUGAGCACGGGCGUCGUCGGCGAGGUGGUGUCCCGCGGCCCCGACGAGAUCCUGUCCAAGGACGCCGCGCUGCUGCUCAUGGAGCUGGAGUACUGGUUCGGCUACGGCGCCAAGCACUACGAGAGCGCGCUCAACAUGUUCGGCCAGUUCCGCGGCACGGAGGACGUCAUCUUCAAGAGGGCGGCCGCUGGCUUCAUCUCCAUCUUCGACAAGGAGAACGUGCUCGCGUCGGAGUUCUCCAGCCUGAUGGACAGAAACCAGGGCUGCAACCUGGAGGGCGCCGGCUCUGCUGUGGCGGCGGUGCCGGCCCUGGUGGUCGGUCUGGUGGCGGCGGUGGUCGCCGCGCGCCGCUUCUAGUGUAGCGUCUCUCCCCGUCAACUCAAAGCCAUCGCCGUAGUGCCACGUAGUUGUCUAAUCUCACCACUCUACCUCAUCCCCUUCACCCUCAUCAUCGCCAUCAUCCAUGAGACAGCUUACCCGCAGGGGGGCGUGACUCAACGAACUUCCCGAUUUAAGGGUGACCUGUGGAAGUGUUUGUUUGUGGACCCCUGAAAUCAGGUUCUUCGUUCACUUACGACCCCCCGCUGGUACCGCCGUGUCUUGACUAGCCAUAGCACCAUUGUGUUUAUAACGUUUUGUACGAAAUACAUGGAAGUGUCUGAGUUACCGAA